UCUGUUAUUUGUUCUUAUUUAAUCACAGUCAAGUUUUUUGGACUCGGCAGCUGGACAAAACAGAUUCUUUGUAAAGGUCAAUUUCAAAACCACGGCGUCCCCUCACACCCUUUGUACACAUUGAAAUAACGGCUCACAUAUCCCAGACUGUGUGUGCUACAAAUACGCACACACACACACACACACACACACACACACACACACACACAUGCACAUACGGUCAUCACCCUCCUAUUCUUCUCCACACAGUGGCAGGAAGUUGUCCAGAUAUCCGCAGGGCCUCUGAAAAAAGAGCGAGGGAACAAAGUGGGCUGGGUGGUGGUCGGUGUUGGAAGGUGUUGGUGGCGGCGGCGGCAGUGGCGGUGAUGGGAUUGGGCAACUUCACUCAGAGUUAACUGUUGGUUGUGAACAGCAGGGCUACAGCUACACCACAGAGCUACAGAUUAACAACAGUGUAAAACAACCGAGUCACAGCUGCAGCUCCCGGAGAUCAGAGGCAGGUUUAUCAAACAGCUGGACUGGAUUGUUAAAGACCCGCAGCUGCUGAACAACCUGAAGAUGUUGGCUCUGAGGACGUUUCUUCUGCUGGGACUGAGCUGGACAUGUCAAGCUGCGUCCAGUGAUCCGUGGGGUCAGUGUCCAGUCAUCAGAAAGACAACAUGCAAGGACAAGUUUGGAGACGGGUCAUGUGACAGAGAGUGUAUAGAGUCCGAGUGCCUCAGAGACGGCUUCGACUGCGUGAAGGACAGGGGAUACUGCAAUCCGGGCCACAUCCAGUACUGCCGCGAUCACUACGCCAACUCCCACUGCGAGCAGGGAUGCGACAGCGCCCCCUGUGGAUGGGACGGCAGUGACUGCUUCACACACCAGAGCCCCCUGUGGGCCAAGGGCACCCUGGUCGUUCACGCCAACCUCCCACAACAACGUGGAGCCUUCUCCAACAGCUCCCUGCUCUGGGCGCUCAGCGUCCUCCUCCAGUCGCCACUCAAACUCAGAGGAUCCGCCCCUUUCUCCACUAACAACAACUUGUUUGACUUCAACGCUCAGCAGCUCGAGAACCUGCCGGCUCAGGCAUCUGCGGCUGACUCAGAUGGCUCCGUCCUUUUCCUCCAAGUGGACAACAGGCCAUGCACCCGUGUGCCCUAUACCUGUUUCCACUAUGCCACUGAGGCAGCCAGCUUCCUGCGUGCCGUAAUGUUGCUAAAGCCCGGCUCGUUCCCCACCCUCCUGGAGCUGAAGGCCGUCGUCAGUAUUAGGGGUUACCGAGAUGAAAUAGGAAGCAGAGAGGAGGAAGCGGUUAAAAAGGAAGUCAAAGAGCCGACCCCUGCUUGGCUAUGGGCCGUGAUUGCCGUAGCGAUUGGCCUGCUGCUGGUGCUGGCUCUGGUGGUGUUCCUGGUGGUGAGGAGGGUGAGGCAGCAGCGGGCGGAGAGGGACGGUGGUAGCAGGGUGAGACACCGGUCCACGGUCACAGACAAUGACCCCAAAUCCAAGGCCUUGACGCCGCACGCCGCCCACCAAGAGCAGAGGGUCAGGUCCAGCAGAGAGAAGGAGAAGAUCAGCUUGAGGAAAAAGAAGAAAGCGAAGGAGGCGGAGAAGAAGAGAAGGAGGGAACCGCUGGGGGAGGACGCCAUUCGAAUGCGACCUCUCAAAAGGGACCAGGAUAUAGGAAGUGACACAGACUUUACCCAGAGCUCAAUGGAAGACAUCAACGCGAGAUGCUCCAGGCGACAGGAGGACGCCUCCAUUUGUGACCACAGGAGCCAGGAACAGAAACACUACCGGGCUGGAACCUCGCAGCCCCGCAGACCUGUCCAACCUCCACCUAGAGGAUGGGAGAGAAACGCCAUGCCUCCUCCUCUGCUCAGUCCUCCUCAGCAGUCGGCAGAGUGGUGUGGCCCGGACGGGUCUGUGGUUCUGAUCCGAGCGGUGCGUAGCGGGCUGGACAGAGUGGUCCUGGAGCUGCUGCGAGCAGGAGUGCCAGUCAACAACACUGAUCAUACUGGGAGAUCAGCCCUGCACUGGGCCUGCUCAGUAAACCACCUCUCCCUAACAAGGACCCUCAUUCGCUACGGGGCCGCUGUGGACCUGCAGGACAACAAGGGCGAGACGGCGCUCUUCCUCUCCGCCAUCCACGGUUGCUAUGACACGGCCAGACUCCUCCUCCUUCAUGGCGCCAACCUCGAGCUGCACGAUCGGAGAGGACGUCGUCCGACGGACGGGGCCAGAGAGGGCAUUCAUCACCAGGUCCUGGAACUCCUAUUGGCUCACCAAAUUCAAAGAGGGCCCGUUCCCGUCGACUCGGCCAAUGACAUGAUGUGGGAGGAGCGCGCUCUGAUGUACUCGCCGUGGGUCGGAUCACAAGGGCUGCCUGGAAGAAGUGCCUCCUUCUCUGGGAUCAUAGGGCAUCGAGAUAUGACCCCACCUCCACAAAAUGAUUGGUCGAUGAGCCGAGUGCAGUACCCCUCCCCUCAGAACUGGCGACCACAGCUCAACCAAUCAGCAACAGCGCUGGUCCCUCCGAGAGUCAUGGGCCGCUCCCCUCGGCCAAUCAGCACCCUACAGGAGGUGACCUCAGAAGACGAGGAUCGCGAUAGGCAUCAGGAAGUCCCCAGGGCUGCGACACCUCACUUCCUGUCGCCCCAGCCUGCCCCUCGGCAGCGUUCCUUUUCCUGCACCCAGCAUGCAUUGCAGCGUCGCUCCGGUGGCCACCAGCCAGAGCCCAAUUAUGUUAUUGUGACAGACAGAACGGCCAACGAGCCCAUAGAAAGAGUGGUUGUUUUACCUCCCACAGAUGCUGCCGUCCAAUCAGAUCGCCAGCCGGCGGUACACGGUGACCAUCCCAGCAGAGCAGAACAGGUAGCGGUGAGUUCAGCUAAUUCAGAGCAGAAAUCCAGAGGUGAGAGGUUAAACAACGCUCCCGACUCCACGCAAACAGCCUUGUAGAGAAACCAGCAACACAACUUCAGCUGCUUCUCCAUUCAGCCCAUAAGAAUAGCAUCGAAGAACACGUGAAGAUAAUGCCUUACAAUGUUGUAUUGAUAGAGAGGCUCUGAGUUUUAGUUUGGCAUUAGGUGUAUUUUGUUGUUAAGCCCAAUGCAAAGCAGACGGCUUACAAAGCUGGAGGGCGUCCAACCUUGAUUUACUCUAAUUUUGGGACCUGAAUUAUUAUCCAAUAUGCAUCUGAUGGGUGUCUCCUGACAGAUUUGCUUGUUAGAUUACUUAUUUGUUACAUUCCUGUCAAAUUAAUACACAGCAGCGCUUCUCAACCUCCCCAGUUUUCACUCAGCUUUGCCUAAAUUAUUAUUAUUAUUAUAUUUUUUACUAGGGAGGGGGAUAUUGUUCCUUGUAAAUGUUCUGCUACGUGGUAAAGUCAAAUAAAGCAACAUGUCUGAGAUGAAUGUCAGUGAUGAAAAUCAUAGUCAACAUCUUGUGAAACUUGUUGUCCAAUAUUGUAAUAUAUCUACAUUGUCUUGACAUUUAUUCUGUUUAUUGCGACAACAAUCGGAGAGAAAUUAGUAAAAGAAACAUGGUUGCACAAAGAUGUCAGACUCCUGCUGAUGCAAUAAAGUGACCUUUCAUGCAAA